GUUCCGCCCACGGGCGGGCUCCGGUGUUCCCGGCGGGUCCGCCGGGCACGGGUGCGGGGCGGCCGGCAGAGCGCGCGGGCGGCAUGGAGGGACUGGUCCUGCUCAACGCCCUGGCCACCCGGCUGCUCUUCGUGCUGCACUCGCUGGUCGGAGUCUGGCGAGUGACCGAGGUGAAGAAGGAGCCAUGGUACUGGCUGUUGGCGCUGCUCAACCUCUUGCUCUUUCUGGAGAUGGCGCUGACCCUCAAAUACAAGAGCGGCAGAGGCUACAAAUGGUUUUCACCAGCCAUAUUUGUAUAUCUGAUUAGCAUUGUUCCAUCAUUAUGGCUUCUUGAAAUGCACCAUGGGACCCAGUACUGCAACAGCCAAUCUGAAGGAAUGUCGCAAAAUACCAGCAGCAAAGAAGACUUCAAUCAAACUCUGAUGUCAGCUGAACAAACCAAUGGAGCGGAUGAUCUCAUUGAGACGGCCAAAGUUUUUGUCAAUAACCUAUCUACAGUAUGCGAGAAAGUCUGGACUUUGGGACUCCAUCAGACGUUCCUGCUAAUGCUAAUAAUUGGAAGAUGGCUUCUACCCAUUGGAGGUGGGAUCACUCGGGAUCAACUCUCUCAACUCCUCCUUAUGUUUGUGGGGACAGCUGCUGACAUCCUGGAAUUCACAAGUGAGACCCUGGAGGAAGAAAAUGUGAGGAAGAGCCCUGCCCUGGUCUACGCCAUCCUUAUUAUAUGGACCUGGAGCAUGCUGCAGUUUCCCCUGGACCUGGCAGUGCAGCAUGUCGUGUGUCCUUUGUCCAUGACAACGAGGGGGUUCCCCAGACAGUUCUUUUGCCAGUACAGCGCUGACCUGUGGAACAUCGGAAUCAGCGUCUUCAUACAAGACGGUCCCUUCCUGGUUGUGCGCCUGCUACUGAUGACCUACUUCAAAGUGGUCAACCAGAUGCUGGUGUUCUUUGCAGCCAAGAAUUUCCUUGUGGUGGUGUUACAGCUCUACCGCCUGAUGGUGUUGGCCCUGGAUGUCCGUACUUCCUUGAGAAGUAAGCCAGCAGGCCCGAAAGGAGGGCACAGGUGCCCAGGAGAACCAGCUGAGACUGGGGUCUCACCUGGAGACGGGAGAGGGGGUUCUAAGGAGGGCCUGGCUAUUCCUUUACAGGCCUCGUUGGUAACCUCUGAAGACUUCCCCCCAACAUCAUAGUCAGUCACCGACAGCAGCAUGCAGCUAGAAGUUUUGAUGUACUGGUUCUUACACUCACAACCGUCCUCUCUCUCGCUUUCUUUUUAACCUCAGCAUAUAAUAACUUUCAAAAGAACAACAUACAGAAUGAUCUUAAACCAAAGCUGAGGAAUUUUUUUUUUUUUUUCUGACGGAAUGAAAAGAACUUUGGUUAGUGGCUAUCGUUCCCACUUCUGUGUGAUGGUAUCAGACAUUACAGUUGUUCCACGACUAAGUGAUUUGUUUGUCUUGAACUGUUUGAAAAGCUAUGGACAGGGUUACAGUGACAUGCCCUCAAGAGAUUUAAUGCAGACAAACUGUCGCGGCUGUUACCUGAAAAUAGAGAAGCUUUGAACUUCGGCUCUAUUGU